AUGAAAAAUACAUUAAGAGAGUUACCAUUUUCAGUACUUGGAGGUAGAAAGAAGAUAACAGCGGAGAAUCCUCAGUUGAUUAAGUUACAGAAGUUUUUUAAAAAAGUUGUAGAAUCAAUUGAAGAUGCUCCUUUAGUUUUGAGAAAAAUUGAAAAGAGACUAAGAACUACCAAUAGAGUAAGACAACCAGUUAAAGUUUCAAUGAUAGCUAAAAAUGAGAAAGUAGCAUCUGGAGAAUAUGUAGCAGUGGUAGUAGCUAAAGUAUUGGAUGAUGAAGAAAUUUUAAAAAUGCCACCAAUGAAGAUUUUAGCUUUAAAGAUCAGUAAAUCAGCAAAAGCUAAGAUAGAGAAGAAUGGAGGAUCAGUUUAUACUUUAGAUCAGUUUAUGAAAGUAGGAGGAUCAUUGGAUAAAUUAGAGUUUAUUGCACAAGAUCCUAAUCAUAGACAAUCAGCUAAGUAUUGGGGACUUGCACCAGGAGAGAAAGGAUCAACAGCAUAUCCAAGAGCUAACAAUAAGAAGUGUAAGAAUAAAGAAAAGAGACUUAAUGUUAAAAAGCCAAUGAAAUUUAUUCCAGAAGAUGAAGAAUAA